AUGAGGCCAGUCCUUCUUGUCUCCGCGGUACUGCUGUGCCAGCGGACGACGGCGCUGACAAUCCCCGAGAAAGGCCCCGUAGAGAAUCGGGAUCUGUCGGGGCUGCUUUCCGGUGCUCUUGAUAUACUCAACGAGGUACCUGGCUUGGUGAAUCAAGUUGUGAACACCACUAUUCGCGUUGUUCGAGCACUUAAAGAGACGGUUGCAGAGAAUGGGCUCUCACAGGAUGACUUGACCACACUUCUGAACUUGAACGAUACGACUGGGCUGCCCACGAAUGCAACAGCACAGGUCAACUGUCCGGAUGUGGCCAUCCUCUUUGCUAGGGGGACAAAUGAACCAGGCAACGUGGGCUUUCUCACAGGCCCGCCAUUCUUUGACGCCCUCAAAACCUACAUGAACGGAACCGGUUCCAUUGCUGUGCAAGGCGUCAACAACUACCCAGCCAUCGCCUCGGGGUUUUUUGCCGGGGGAUCCAAAAACGGCGCCAGCUUCAUGGCAAAGGUGGCAACGAGCACGCAGUCCAAGUGUCCUAACACUAAGCUCACCAUGUCGGGCUACUCGCAGGGCUCGCAGGUGGCACGUCUGGCCAUUGCGCAAAUGCCUCCCGACGCCCAGGCCAAGGUCUCCAGCGUCGUGCUAUUCGGUGACCCCUUAGGCGGUAAGGCAAUACAGGGCAUCGAUUCGACACGGCUGCUGGUCGUCUGCCACACGGGGGACAACAUCUGUCAGGGCGGCAGCUUCAUCUUCGACCCUCACCUCAAUUACAGCCUUGAUGCGCCGACGGCAGCGCUCUUCGUCAUGCAGAGGAGCAAUCUCGGCAUGGCGAGUCGAGACGCACAGAAUGAGGGCAUGGGGAAUACGAUGGUGGGAAAAGUGCAGGACAUAAUGCAAGCGUCACGGCAUUGA